AUGCAGCAGUUUCUUUGUCGUGGACCGUUCGCAGCUCGUCGGCUCCCCAUGCUAUUAGCUUAUGCCGGUCACUCGUCGAACCACACAACACCGUACCAAGAUCCGUAUAUUCGCGGCAUGUCGGUGUUCGCCAGCUCCGUGGGUCAGCGGACUUUGCUGAGAAUUGAGUUGACGGACAGUCUACUCAGCAUGACAACAGCAACAACAGGAAUCGUUACCUGUGUUGGAUGUGAGUCAGCCAGGAUGCAACAAACCAAAUCGACAAUCUCGAACAGCGAUUUUCGGGAACAUCUUCCUGGACCGCUCUUCCACUCAAGUGAUCAUUUCAUACUCUUGUCUUCUCGACUGAGCUCAGCAUGGCAUGUCGUCUACUGUCGAAACAAAACUUUCAUGGCGCAUGAACGUUUCGAAACAUGUCAAUCUAUUACACACAGUCUCCUUGCUACCGACCGGCACUUGACGUCUUCAGUCUGGUUUCGAGGUGGUAUGGCCUCCUCUUUAGGUCAUAUAUCUGCCCUACCUAUUGGUCAUGCAACCUGCAUUCCCAGCUGGACCAUUGGGCUCGGUGCCUCUACGCGAUCUAUAUUCUGUUUCGUUUCAUUCGAACGCAUUAACAACAGCGCACUACUAGCCCAACUCUACGAGACAUUUCGUGCCUCACCCUCAGGGUCCGCAGCUCGUGGCCCACCAGCGAUCAACGGCCGCAUGAGCUCGCUGAUGUCAAAGCCCACUUUAGCGGACCAUGCUGCUCCAGCAAAUCCAGAACGUGAUCCUCACUUGAACAUGGGGUUGUGGGGUGAAGCUUGCGCGUUCAGACGAUCGGAUCCACCUUUCUGGAGGCUUCUUGCGACAUGUAGUAUGCACUCAUGGCAUGACUUCUCUUUACCAACGCAAAGGCGGCAACAGGAUCCAGCCAGUUGUUCAUUGUGUUCCAGAUGGUUCGCAUCGCAGAUCCACAAUGCGCAUGUAUGCGCGCCGUCAAAAUCUACUCAGGACAGUUCUUGA